UCUUUACCUAUUACAUAAAAUUGAUCAGCAUGCAGGUGUUACUCCAGUGAGUCCUAGUAUAUAAGCUAUGCAGCACUCACAACAGCUCCUCAUAUUGCAUGCUAGUGAUGUCCAUAUAGCCUCUCACAGAGUCUACCAAAUGAGUCGAUGGCUCAGGAAAAACAAUCUCAAGGUGGAUAUAGCCCUGGUGUCAGGUGACCUGGCAGAUAUGCCACUGGAGCUUUGCCACUCUGCACCCCCUGAGGAGACGAGGGAUCAACACAUGUUACUGGACAAAGUGCUCGAAGAGUUCAGCCCUCUAGCUAGCAAGGUCUACUAUGUCCCAGGAAACCACGAUGCCAUCACUACAUUCAGUACAGAGGGACAAGACACUGACACCUCUCCAUGCAACGUACACAUGAGACGAGUUACCAUAGCACCCAAUCUGGAGUUACUGGGCCUGGGUGGAAGUGUACCGGGAUUCAGAAAAGGGCAAAAGGUCUGGGACGGAUUCCCAUACCUGACUGAUCAAGAGUACAGUGAUGAUUUGUCUCAGCUUCUGGAUCCAGUGUUUGGAACACAGACACUAAAAGAAACUGAUGCUGUAAUUUUCAUGACUCAUUCUGGCCCUGAGCACUGCAGUACGACCAUUUCCCAUGUUGACCCCCGGAGCCCCAUUAUCUGUGGCAGUCAGAGCCUCUACACUGCACUCUGUAAGGAGGAACUGCAACAUCAUGUGAUCCUAAAUGUACAUGGUCACACCCAUGAGGCUAGCGGUCAGGUCACCAUUGGCAACACCACUGUUAUCAACCCUGGAGCACUCAUGGACGGUAACUUUGGACUGUACACUCUACAACAGACCAACAAGAUACCUGGUUGGAGACUGUCCUCUGUGUCUCUACACAAACUGAGUGAUGAGGACUAGGAGAUGUAUUUUCAACCCAUUUUCAAUGUUUAUAAAAUAUCAUGUCAUAAUUAUAGAGCAUUCAAAAA